GCUGGCCCGCCGCCCGUGGACUGGAAUACAUACUAAUCUCCACGCGCUCUCUCUCUUACCCCGACAUCCAUGUCGUCCACCAUCUAUGGUCCUCACUCCUCCAGCUAAUGCGACAUCCGAGAACCCGUAUCUCUUCACCGGCAGCUACAAGUGGCUCGAUAGCCGCGUCGCGUCCUACAUUCGCAUCGCAUCCGUGUCGAUUGCCGCCUAUGACUAUGUCUUGACUCUGCCCGCGGAAUGGAGGUUCUACAAGAGCCAGAGGUCGUGGAGGUUGAGUACGGGCUGCAUACUGUUCAUCCUCAUCCGCUACAUCAGCAUUGUGGUACUCGCUGUGAACACCGUCGGCUACUUCUCCCACUUCAGUCCGGAGACAUGUUCGCACUACUUCUGGGUUGGCCCCAUAUUCAAAGUGCUACAGACUAUGGUAUCUCAGGUCAUCUUGGGCAUACGGACCGUCAACAUAUCCAGGCGGUCUCCAUGCGUGGGCGCCGUAGUUGCUGGGCUCUUCGUUAUGGUCACCACAGGUGAAUUGUUUACGGAUAUGUUCCAUCGCAACCAUGUCCAAAAUCCCCGACAUAACUGCACUGUCGGCGAGCGCGGGAUCUUCCUGUCCGCGUGGCUGUACUACCUCCUGGCGAUGUUCUACGACGCCGUCGUUCUCGGUAUAUCGUCCUUCUACCUUAUGCGAUAUGGACCAGUAGCCGGGAGGAUGUCCGGUCUUGUGAAGCUGAUGUUCUAUGAUGGCCUAGGAUAUUUUGCAGUGCUGACAGGCGCGAACGUCCUGAACCUCGUACUCUAUCGCACCAGCGAUCUUAUGACCCAGUCAUCAGGGGCUGCCGUUGGCGAAGCCGUCACAUGGAUCAUGAGCCAGAAGCUGCUCAUUCACCUCCGAGAUGCGGCCGCGGAGGCGAACCGCUCCACGCACAUCGUCUCGCGUCCGCUGCGCAGCCCGCGCGCCGUCUCGCGCGCCAUGCGCUCGCACUGCCCUUCCUCCCAGUCGUACUCCUCGCCGUUCUCGGCGGGCGGCCUCGCCAGCUCGCAGGAGCGGAAGAGCAACGUGGCGUUCGCCGAUGCGGAUGGCGACGGAGACGUGCUUGCGUGGUCGAGUACGUCGCUGACGGACCUCGUAGGGAAUCUGAGCGACGUCGAGCUGGACGUGCAAGUGGAGAUUCAGCGUACUGUCAGUGUCGAGGAGGGCAGCCGUGCGGUGGAGCAGUGCGCUUGCACGGGUCAUGUGCCAUGCGUUGUGUGGGUCGGGAGCGGGACGAGGCCGGAGGGGUUCAGCGAGAAGGACGUGGAGAGGGAGAAGGAGGGCCCGGGGAGGUAACAUUUGUGUCUGGAGGGCGCCCUGUCACGGAUGCGUCGCUCUCAUAGAUCCAGUAUCGUUAUUAGUUUCCGCGUGAUCGUGUCCUGCAACUCGCUCUUCUUAUCUUCGCAUGUACACUUAGCUAUUCCGGGAACAUUCUACCUUCAGGUACUGCAAUGCAUCGUCCUAAUCAGUUACCAGUCGUAUGUAUGUGAAUUGGACGAUCCACUGCAUGUCGCGCAUGGUAUAUAGCCUGCAACGGUACUUCCGAGAUUCAUGUAUGAUACAAUGUACAUUCUUAUGUUCAUUCGCGCGCGGCUGACGCCAUGUUGUACUGCAGUCGUUCCGAGGAUGUGAAGCUACUUACAUACGUGGCUGCGCAACUUCUCGGGCAGAGUUAUUGGCCGGAAUAGAAUGAUGCAAG